GGAGGUGCGGGGGUGGGGGUGGCGAUGUGUGAGUAGUAGCGGGUCCUCUCUCGCCUCAAUGUUGCGGCCAGCCUUGUGGCAGAUCGCUACAAUCCUGGAGGGAGCCGGGUCGAAUGAGCUGUUGGGGGUUCCCAGAUAAUAACGGGGACAAACAGACAGACACUAAAAUAAAAGACACACAGACGGAUGGACGCAGAUAGGCAAGUGUUCCGACGAAACGCGGCACCAUGACCGGAUUCUAGUCUUUUAUUUUUACCCCCUCCCUCACUGUUAUUUUUUUAAAUUUGUUUAUUAUUUAUUUAUGAUUUUAUUUUCCCGCCUGUGUUUAUUUGUUUGUUUAUGUAUCGAUUGAUUGCGUUUUAAUUACUGCCUUGUGACAGAGGGAGCGCGAGGGAGGAGGAGCGUGAGUGUCAGGCGCGCGCGCUCUGUGUGCGUUUUUUUUUCUUGCACCCCUUUCCGCGCGCACUCCUUUAUUAAUUGGCAGGUGCGACGCGCGUUAAUUAAGCUGUUUUAAAUGCGCACGCAACCCGCCAGCGCGUGAAUGUAGACUUUUCGCAGCCCUCGUGCAAAAAAUAAAAAUAAAAGAAGUCAUACAAAGCAAAUACGGAGCUAAAGUCUCCCCCAAGCAUCUACCAAAUUCAGCAAAGAAAAAUCCAAAUACAUUUACCUCCGUUGGCUUUCUUCAAUGCUCUUUUUUUCUGCUGUUGUUUUAAAGCUGCAAAUACCAAAGCUCAAUCCGGCCGACAGUAGUAGACUAUAACGACUGUUCUCAUGCCUUUUUCACACCUGCAGGAAACAAAACUGCUGAAAGACUUACACAAUAAUUACCGGUGUUUACUCGGAAAGAGCUUUAGGAGCGCAAAGGUAACCGGAAGGCGCAACAGCCUUUCACCGAGACGCUACACAGCAGGCCUGCAGUCGGAACUUUUUACGUAGAAGGGAGUUCUGCUCCUCUCUCCAUCCGUCUGUUUGUCUGAGGUGAACUCAAGGGACCAUACAUAUAUGUUCUAUGCACAUUUAGGCUACACCAAAACCAACGCCGACCAGCAGUCGGCUCCCACUUCUGUAAAUAAAAGUGCGCAGCUGGGCUACAUGUGCGUACACCUAAUUGCGAAUGCUGUGAGGUCCUCCAAGCAAAUAUUUUCCCGGCGGACGAAGAUUCAGAGGCUUCGGGACGCUUGUUGCAACACUUCAGUUAGAUUUUGGGCGUCAAAACAACAAGCAAGAAGAAGACCAUGUUUGUCCCCUUGCCUGUGCCGUUCGUGUUUCAAAGAACUGCCUCUGACCUCAACGCCUGGCGUCUCAAGUCCCCUCUGGCUCCCCGCUCCAACUCCGAUAUCAUGAUGUCAAAGCCAGUGGAGGUUGAGAAGGUCGGGGCUGACUCCCCGAUGGAGGGCGCGGAUUCAGAGCGGAAUGGAUCUGAAUUAAAUCACCAGGUAUAUGCUCAGUCCAUGAAGGUCGGCUCCUUUCCACUGUCCCCAAACCUGAGCAGCAGCAAGAAUAAAAUGGAUGAGUGCACUGAAAUGUCCCCCGGCCUCUCACCCUCCCACGGCCCGACCCCUCAGCAGACAGCCCUGCAACACACACAGCUCAUGCUGACUGGCUCCCAGCUUGCAGGGUUGACAGCCCUGCUGCCGGCACAGCAGCAGUUGCUUUUGCAGCAGGCUCAGGCGCAACUCCUGGCUGCCGCUGUGCAGCAGUCCAAUGCAGCCCAUGCGGCCCACGCUGCCCGUGCAGCUGCCCAGGCCAAUCAGCAAGCUCAAGCAGCUGCAGCAGCAAAUCAGCAAACCCAGCAGCAGCAGCAAACAAGCCAGCAGGCUCACUCGCAGUCCCAGGGACAGAGCACACAGGAAGAGAGCAGCCAAAGUGUCCCCGUCCCACCUCCUCCACCCCAGCUCACCCUCUCCCAACCAAUCCAGCUGACCGCCCAGGACAUUCAACAGUUGCUGCAUCUCCAGCAGUUGGUGUUUGUGCCUGGUCAUCCACUCCAGUCCCAGUUUCUCCUCCCACAGGCACAGCAGUGUCAACAAGGACUCCUGUCAACACCAAAUCUUAUACCGCUACCUCAGCAAAACCAAGGGAGCCUCCUUUCUGCGCCGACGAGAAUGGGACUCCAGCCACAGCGAGAUAAGACCACAGAUGUGAGUGCCAGUGGCGGUGUGACCAUGGCGCCCUCAGUGACCUCUCAUCCUGAGGAGCCCAGCGACCUGGAAGAGCUGGAACAGUUCGCCCGCACUUUUAAGCAGAGACGCAUCAAACUGGGCUUCACACAGGGAGACGUAGGUUUGGCCAUGGGGAAGCUGUACGGCAAUGACUUCAGUCAGACCACCAUCUCCCGCUUUGAAGCUCUUAACCUGAGCUUUAAGAACAUGUGCAAGCUGAAGCCACUGCUGGAGAAGUGGCUCAAUGAUGCAGAAACCAUGUCUAUAGACAGCACCCUGCCCAGCCCCAGCUCCCUGUCCUCUCCCUCUCUGGGCUUUGAGGGGGUUCCAGGUCGCCGCAGAAAGAAGAGAACCAGCAUAGAGACAAAUGUCCGAGUGGCUCUGGAAAGAUCAUUUCUGACGAACCAGAAGCCUACCUCUGAGGAGAUCCUGCUGAUCGCAGAGCAGCUCAACAUGGAGAAGGAGGUGAUCCGAGUUUGGUUCUGCAACCGCCGACAAAAAGAGAAGCGGAUCAACCCAUCCAGUGCCACUCCUCCCUUGCCCAGCCAGCCCCCCACUGCCCCACAAGUGCACAAACCGCCCUGCUACAGCCCUCACAUGAUGUCCAGCCAGCUGUCCCAGGCCGUGACCACUCUCAGCAGCACAACGGUGACCACCAUGUCUCCCGUCUGCCCCAUGACCUCCAGCCUCACCUCCACCCAUCCCUCUCUCAGCUCAGCCCACCCCCCUCUCAGCUCCGCACCCUCCCCGGCAACUCCUCCACCUCCUCCCCGCAGCACAGCCAGCCCCGCCACUCCCAGCCACAGCACACUGAACCUUAACACGGGUUUAUGGCGUAUGGGUAAAAAGAACGGUGAAAUGUCUAACUACAUCACCGACUUUGCUGCAAACUUGAGGAACAAUGUGAUGGGAGUUAACACGGGGAUGAACCAAGCCCUCCUCGGUAACAAUCCCCUGGCCACCAUCCAAGCUCUAGCAGCCAGUGGUGGCCAGCUGCCUCUUUCCACUCUUGAGGGUGGCAGCAAGGCAAUAGUGGGGGCCUCUGGGGGCCAAGGAGGGGCCCUUGCUUCUUCCCUUUUCCUCAACCACCCCACCUUGCUCCAUAUGGGCCAGAACCCCGGCGCUGGAUUGGUCAGCGGUGCUGUAGCCAAAGUUUCCCAGGCCUCACCCUUCCCUUCAGUCAGCAGCAUCAGCCCCACACCCUGCUCCCCCUCUCCCUGCUCUAGCCCCGCCUCCUCAUGCUUGUCCAGUGAAAUGGGCCACAGCCCACCAUCCCUGGGCGGAGCCAAGAUUGAGUGACCACGCCAAAGGUCAAUUUUAGAGGAGGAGGCCGGAGGAUACAAGAACCUCACCUUUUCACACCAAAGCGAUCUCUUUCUCUCUUUCAGAUGCUCUUCUUCCAUUUUUUCCUUUUAUUUUUUGCAACAACUCUCCCUCUUUCUCUCCCAGUCUUUCAAUGCCAAAAAUACAAAGAAUGAUAGAGGAGAGAGGAAGGGAAAGAAACCAAAAAAAGGGAAAAGGGAGGAAAGAGGAAAGGGGAAAGAUUGAAACCAAAAAGUCUUUAUUUAUCCAAACAGAUGAAAAGGAGACAGCAUGGGACCUUUUUGUCUUUAACACGUGAUAUCGACGUGGCACCUUGCAGCUCUUCCUCUCUGACGGAAAACAAACCAGUGACUGCUUCAGCAAAGAGAUGGAAGAGAUGGCUGAGAUGCAUGUUGAAGAGCAUAAACCAAAAAUGACAAAAGAUUACUUUUACGACAAAGGAAUGGCAGCAAGGACAAAGAAAUGAAGAGGAGGACUGUUAGGCAUUUUUUAAUCAUUAUCUUAUUUUGAAAAGCUGCAGGUCUGAAGGAAGCGAAGAGAGGAUACGUUUAAACCAAAAAUUUACCUGAGGAGGAAGAAGAAUACAUGGUGACAAACAAAAAAAAAGAAAAAAAAAGACAACCAUACCAAAAUCACAAAUACCAAAAACCAAAAAUAUGGAAAGAAAAGCUUUAUUCAAAGGACGUGUAAAUACUGAAGCUAUCCAGGACCAGUACUCUACUGCUACUCUCACACACCCACAAACAUGCAAGCACCAACCCGCCCUGCCAUUGACUCAUCCUGUCCUUGUCAGCUCAUGUGUCUCGCAGGUUCUCCCUCAAGAUGAAUUUGUAAAUGUUUUUCUGUCACAAACUCAUUAAUGUUUGCUAGAACUGCUGUCUCUUUACCUACCUCUGGUUAUAAGAGCUUAGAUUAGCAUCUGUCUCUCUUUUUUUUUUUAAACCUGAAGUAUAGUUUUUUUUUUCUUUGAUUAUGAUUAUUUAUUAGUGCCAAAAGUCUUUGUAGCUCCUAUUUAUUGCUGUGCGCUUUUGAAGUGUUAGCUGCAGGGUUUGGUUAUCAUCACUAUCAUCAUCAUCAUCUUUGUCUGCAUCAUGCAUUUUUGUAUCAUCACGCCGUGUGUUGAAAUGUGGCUCGUCCACAGGAAGGCAGAUGACAAAAUUGGGGGGGGGGAAUGCUCGUCACAGCCCUCACAAAGUGCCGAUAGAUCACAGAUAAAGCUAGCACACGUUCAUUUCAAGGUGUGAAUAAAUUCAUUACAACGUAAACAUCUGACAUCUUGUCGGCUUAAUCGGACCGCUCUCUCCUAACUCUUGAACAGAACGCUUUAAUGGAAACUCUGCAGCGGAAUGAACGUGAAACUUGACACACGUUUGUUAGAAGUGUUGAUCAAAGUAUGAAAUACGACUCUGAUUGGAGAUCUAAAAAAAUAAUCUUUGAGAUUAAAGGCUAAAUAAGUCAAUAAAGCCAAGUUUAGUCACAGCUGGCUCUCAUUUCUGCCUCUCCAAUCAGCACACAUGCUCCAACACCUUUAUGUCUAGACAUGUUUACUGACAUUUGUCUGUUUCAAUCAUCACUCCAUCUAUUUCAUUUUUCACACUGCCAUUAAUUCUCGAAUGGAUACCAAAGCAUUCUCAAGACUUGGCUUCUCUUAAAGAGCUUCAGCCAAGACAUGAAGACAAUAAAGACAUACUGACAUUUGGUGGCAGAAGUGGGAUGCAUUCCCCUCCACCUGGCCUGUCCCAAAGCUCUUUUUUUUGGGGAAGCUUUAUGUAGGAAACUUAUCCUUUACUCUGACUAAUGCUAUUCCAGGACUCGCUGAACUGUGGCGUCAUACUUUUUUUUUUUUUUUGUAAGAGGAUACCAAAAAUAAAUCCAAACCAAAUAAAAAAAAAACACAACCCAAGGAGAAGCAAACCAAAAAGAACCCAAACCAAAUGUGGCUGGAGGGAGCACAGGGAGGAAGUACAAAGUGCCAGUGUUGAAAGAGGAGAAGCCAUCUGCCUGUCUUUCUGUUAGCUUUUAGGGCCGCAGCCCCUCUCUCAAACUGUGGAUGGAGGGAUGAGUAGACAGGCAGACAGACGGGUGAGCAAAAAGACAGACUGUUCCUCCACUUCCCUGCCUCCCUUUCUCCAGCUCAGCUCUCUGGUCCUGGAUGGAGCUAAACGCAAAUGACCUCACUGAACUGAAAUCUUCUAAAAGAAAUCAGUUUUUAUUUUUCUGUUGGUUUGUUCCGAUUGUUUUAUCUCUGCUGUGUCUCUUGAUGCCGUUUUAUGUACUGUAUUUUAGUGCUUAUUACUUAUUUGGAAUAACAUACUCGCUUACUUACUAUGAGAGCUCCUUAUUUUUAUUUUUUUUUGGUAGUCGUGCUAGAUUUUUUAUCAGGUGGUUGGAAAAAAAAAUACUGUGAAAAUUUAGCUUCCAGAAUUUUAUUAGAUAAAGAAACAGACUGUCUUGCGAGGGGAAAAAAAAAGCAAAAAGCCAAAUACAAAGAGCUGAAUAGCAAACACUAAAAUUGUCAAACCAAAUACUGAAGUAACAGUAGCUGCUCUUUCUCCGUUCGAAUGUGGAGAAACGGGACGUCUGAGGUCUGACUGUGCAUUUUUCUGUGUGAAAGUUGCACUUGGCGGCUAGUUACGCAGUUACGUCAUGCAACUUUGACCCCAAAGACAGCAACUUGAAGUAAAACAACGCUCAGCGGAUGCCUCGGUUGAGCCGACAGGUCGGAAGUUAAUGUUCCAGUAUUCCAAAGAGGAUUUGGUUUGCCCCACACCAGGCAAACACAGGAAUCUUUUCACGAAACCAAGCUUUAGAUGUGGGGUUUGCACCUUAAAGGUGAAACCUUUUUCUCCACACUGACUCUUAGACGGAAUGUAUCUGUUAGUGCUUCUAUAGAUUUUGUAGAAAAUAAGAUCUAUGUUCUACUGCUUACUUAUCACUAAUGUAUUAAAAAGAAAAACUUACAAAAAAGACUGAGAAAAAACAAAGAUCCUAAAACAUUGGUGAAAAUAACCAAAUGACCAAAAAUUUCAACUAUCUCUCUCUCUUUGGACUUUUCCUUUUUUUUAAAUCACUAUGUAGACUUUUGAUUGUACUAUUUAUUCAGGGUUGUGUUCUUUUCUUUCUUUUUCAUUUUAGGCUUUUUUUAUCUUGCUAUUUAUUUGUUAAUUUAUUUCUGGAGGUGCUUUUUAUAUUAUUGGAUGUUUUUUGUGCAAGGUUUUUCUUGUAUAGGUUCUCUGCGGUUUCUCUCUCAAUGGUACAAAUGCAAGCUUUGGUCGAAAUCUAACUUCCUUUCGGAGAGGUUGAGGGGUUCAUGAUGUGGCAGCACUGUGAGAAACAGACACCUUUGAGUUCAGUGUGAAUUUGGUGUUUUCCAGAUGUACACUUUCCUUUGUGUGCUUAUAUUUAGACAAAGAUUUAAAAAAAAAAAAGAAACCAAAAAAACAUGAAUAUGCCUGAGUCACAACACAAGGCUCUCUUUGAGGCACAGUGCUGCUUCCGUUCUCUGUUUUCUCCAAAGGGGGAACACACUUAAAGCUUUAUCAGCUACACGACCAAAAACCAACCCAAAAAAAGAUCAAAUAGGAAAAAUGUCUGUACAUGAAAAGAGCAAAAAAAAAAAAAAACAGAGGCAAAAGAUGAGGGUGAUUUCUAAAUCCUGGGUGUAUUUUCUUUCUUUGACUGUUUUAUCUUUUUCAUGUUUCUGUUUCACCUUUUGUUUCCACUUUUUUGUAUGACGUUUUGACUUGUUUCCUCAUCCUACGAAGGAUGUAAAAGAGAGAUAGUUCAUCAUAUACCUCAUGUUCUUUGAUGAUAAACCAAAUAGAUGAAUGCUUUAAAAUGUGGGGUUCUCGUGGGCAAGUGUGGACGAUGUGCCCGUUUCUGCUGGGAAGCUGACCAGUGUGGCUGAAAACUAACAGAAGUAAGUCAUGAUCUGAUGCUGAUCAGAUCGUUUUACUCCAUAAGAUUUAGAAGGUGCCAUAGAAUAGGCCGCACUGGUUUCUGCUCUCCAGCACACACAUACACACACCUUGUCCCCCUGAAAACACCCACCGUGUAUUGAGCUUUGAACAUGGCCCUCUCCUCAAACCUGAGCCAGAUCCUCCCUGUCAAACUUGGACUGCAGGUUGCUCUGAGGCACAGAUUGAAGAUCCGAUCUGGUUUUGGUUUCAUAAAACUUCAGGUUCACGCCUCAGAGAGCAAAACCCGGCUCGCAUUCUGGUCUUUGGGGUCCUAAAGGAGGUCCGUGGAGCAGGGGAGCGGGGAGUGGCUGAGACCGAGGUUGCUAGGUGACACGCUCAGACAGAUGUAUGUGAGGAGCGUGGGAGGAAGAUGUGUGCACGAAUCAAAACAUCUGGACUCAUACUGAGAGUCUUUUGCUCUUUUUUUUCUUUUUGUCUCUCUUGUGUAUUGAGGGGGAAAUGAAGGAAGCGCUGCUCUGUGCUGUGAAGAUCAUGGUUUAAGGGACCAGAUGCAAAGUACAGGUCUCUGUGGUGGGGAUACCCCCAACCUGAAUGAUACCAAAGUCAAUGCCCUGCCCUGGGACCUAACACAAUGUAGAAGCUCCCUCAAAUCUUAAAUUUCUCUUCGAUUUUCCUCCAUCUUCCCCUCAUCUCUACUUUAAUUACAGUUUUUAUACUCGGUUUCAUAUAGAUGUGGAUUUUUAAAAGCAUUCUGGUUGGUUGCAUCAGGAGAAAAGUUCAGUUUAUGCAUAAAGACUGGUAGCAAAAAGAGAAAAUUCAAAGAAACUUAGCUUUAAAGGUAAUGUAAGACUGAUUUAAACUAUGUUUAGUUCCUUCAGUUCUACCAUGAAGACAAAAACAAGCAAAUCUAAUCAAGCAAGUACAAAUUUACACCAAUUCCAUUUUUUAAAAAUCAAAAUCAGUAAGUAAACCCAGUUGAAGUCCCACUCCAAACAUCUUUUGAUCUAUUGUAAAAGUGUUCCCAUUGGUCUUUUAAUUAUGAUUAUGCCGCUUUUAGCCUAAAUCAAAGAUUAUGUGCUGCAUUCUAGAAUAGUUUCUGCAGAGCAGCAACAGGGCAUUAGAAAUUCACCUCUGAGAUGUGGGUGGGACUGUUGGUACAGAGUAAGUCUGACCUCAUUUCCCAUCAUCCAUCUGCUUAAAGCCACUCACAACCCUAACUUAAAAGUAGUGGUGCAACAAACAUGGCGAGCAAUAUUGAAGCUUUCCAGCUGUAGAGUUUUGAGCCAAAUGCCAACUCAGAAGAGGGAAACAAAUAUAUGGAUAUGUUUGUCUACAAGUGGAUAAAUCGGAAUAGAGUGGAGCAGGGAGCUUGUGGACUGCCAACUGUAGCACCUAUGUCACACCUACAGGAUUCUUCCAACAGCAUGUUUUCGUCUGCUACUGAUUCACAACAAUUUGAAUAAAAGAAUACUCAGAAAUGCAAUUUUAAUCAAAAUUUUCUUAAUCUAUGCCCUUCAUCCUGAGAAAAAUAUUACAAGGGCCUAUUCAAAACACCAUUCUCAUUGGAUUGGAUCUUUAACAAGUUGCUUUUUAUACAGUUGGAACCUUCAAACUGAAGUGCCGAUGCAACCUGUGACUGCAUCACCUCUAUUCCGAGUUAGAAAGUAGUGGAGCUCCCCACACUGGUGGCUGAAAGCAGCUGUGAUUCAUUUUUUCCAGCCUGCUUAGGCAGAGCUUUACCCACCUGUUUCCAGUCUUGGUGCUGAAGCUAACCCACACACACAAAAAAGAUCCAAAUCUUUUGGUGCAACUCCCACAAACAAUUCCUCCAAAAUGGUCACAUGACAGCUAUGGGACUGAGUAUCUCAAGACACAAGUGAUAACAAUAGAAAGAGAGACAAAGAGAGCUGAGAAAACAAGAUCUGCUGCCUCUUCCUCCUCCCACUCUCCUCCACGCACUCUCCUUCUCCUCAUCUCUUUCCUCUUUCUCUAUGUUUUUCUACAAUAGCUGUAGUCCAAAGGUUCUCCAGCAACACAGCAAAGCAAGUCAGAUGUUAAAGACUAAAGCCAAAGAACUUGAUCUUCGACUCAAAGCCUUCUGUAGCCCUUUUGGGUCGUCACCUAGCGAGCCGGUCUGUGAAGCAUUAACCUCAGACAUCCAAAGGGAAAAUAAUAAUAAUUAUGAUGAAAUGUAUAUUUUUAAGUAUUUGUCUUUGGAGGAAUAAUCUUAACCUUCUCAUAAUUACUGAUGAUCACAAUGGUGACAACGAAGAUAAUGAUGAUGAUGAUGAUGAUAAUGAAGUUUCUCUUGGUAUCUUUGUAGCUGUUCGGAUCCUUCUUGAGUUUGUGUCUUCUCUGCUCGUGCUGCCAGAGUUCUGCUUAACCCCCCCCCAUCCAAACCCAUCCCCAACUCCCCCUGUUUUCAUCCGGGUCGCCCCAGUGUUUAAUUCUGACGUCUGACCUUUUGCCAUCUUUUGUGGACCCCAUGCGUCCAUAUGCGAAUGUAAAACAUUCUCGAGGGGAAUUCUUCCCUGGAGGUGGUUGCUUUUCUGUUGGGGGAGGACUUUGGUCUGUUACACCUGUGCAUGUGUGUGUGUUUGUGUGUGUGUGUGUGUGUGUGUGUGUGUGUGUGUGUGGGUGUGUUCGUGUGUGUGAAAACAGCCUGGGUGUGGAGCGUUUUGGUUGUUGGAAGACAAAAAGAUCCCUUGUUGUUCUGACAAGAUUGCACGCGACACAAGACUGGUGCUGCCAACUGUGACGUACGUUUGCCAACUUCCUACCACAUGUAGCUUUAAUUCCCCUUCUCACAGCAGUCAGAGUGCAUCCCUAUUUUAGGUUUGAGUGAUUGUGUGUUUGUGUGCGCAGGUGUAUUUGUGUCACCAUCACUUCUUCCUUUUUUUUUCUCGCCAUGUCUUUUCCCUUCUUGUCCCUUCUGUCUGCACCUUUUUCUCUCCUCCUGUGGUAGCAACUUAGCCUUUUAGUGUAUUUAUCUUGAAAGCCAAAAAAGAAGAAAAAUAAAUCAGCUUGUUCAUUGUACAGUGUUGUUCAUUUUAAGUAAUUUUUUGUAACUGAAAGUGUUUCAUUCAUCCAAAUAAAACAGGAAACAAAAACUGUA